AUGGCAACAUCAACACGCUCGUCCAAGCGCCAAAAGACCGACGGCUCGGCAGCGGACUCGGGACCAACUUCCGGGACGAGCAACGGCGACUCCUACCGUCUAAUCUACUGGCCUGGCAUCCCCGGACGAGGCGAACACAUCCGCCUGGCCUUCGAAGCCACCGGCACAGCCUACACCGAUGUUGCCAACACGACAGACGAGGGCGUCAACGCCGUGCUCUCCCAAAUCAGCGACAAGAACCUCGGCGACGAAACCAACCCGCCGCCUCUCGCCCCUCCGAUCCUGCAACAUGGCACUGUGCUCCUCUCCCAGACGCCCAGCAUCCUCUCUUACCUGGGCCUGCGACUCGGGUUGGUCCCCGACCCCAAUGAGGACCCAGCAGGCCUGUACCACGUCAACGCCCUGACGCUGACGGCCCUGGACGGCCUGUCCAACGAACCGCACGACACGCACCAUCCCAUCGCGCCGGGAGCGUACUACGAGGAGCAGAAAGAGGAGGCCAAGAAGAAGGCCGCCGACUAUCGCGCCGUCAGGCUGCCUAAGUUCCUUGGGUAUUUUGAACGGGUGCUCAAGGGGCCGGCGUCACAGGGCGGCCAGUAUUUGUACGGCGGAAAGCUGACCUACGCGGACUUGGUCCUCUUCCAUACGUUGGACGGGGUGAGUUUUGCGUUUCCCCGCCGUGUGCGCCGCUUGAGGGAGACGGGGGAUUAUGAUGCCGUGUGGGGUCUCUAUGAGCGCGUCAAGGUUCUGGAGAAGGUGAGUGCGUAUCUGGCCAGUGAGAGGCGCAAGGGGUAUAGUAUGGGGAUUUAUCGGCAUUAUGAGGAGUUGGACGACGAGGAGUGA